AUGGCCUCACCACACGGAGAAGCUUUAGACGAGAAGUCGACUCUCGUCAACCACAGCGAUGCCCCCAACGCCGCCACACGCUGGGUCUUGUGUAACUUGAUCCAGCAACUGCGCUUCUCCAAAGAACAGCUAUCCGCAAGCAGCAUCAGUACUACUGUAGCCGAGAACCUGUACGGCACCAAGGAGGGUCAGCUCCCUCACAAAGAGCUUGUCGGGCUUGCGGCAGAUGCUGUCGACUUGUUGCACGAUAUCCAGAGGAGACUGGAGCCAAGCCAUUUGACUCUGGCAGACCACUUCUUCGGCUACAUGAACGCCAAGUGCCUUGUCGCUGCCGUCGAGCUCGGCAUUCCGGACGCAUUGAAAAAGCAACCUCUCACCAUUGAUCAGCUAGCAGCCACUGUGCAAGCUCGCCCAGAUAGGACUGCGCAAGUGAUGCGCGCUCUGUAUAACAAUGGCAUUUUCCAAUAUGACCACCAGUCGAAUGUGUUCUCCAAUAAUGCGGCUUCCGAAAUGCUGACGUCGGAUCAUUGGACUCAGUGGCGCAACUGGGUCGAUCUCUACGGGAACGAGUUUUACGACAUUGCUCGCGGCAUUCCGGCCUCGCUCAAAGCAGACACGAAACGAAGUGCUGCGCAACACAACUAUGAUACGGACGAUGACAUGUUCACAUACUUCCAGAAGCAAGGCUGGGUACCGCGGCUGCAUCGCACACUUGGAGGAGGAGCAACUGCACAGGCACCUGGUAUUCUUGCCGACUAUCCCUGGCACGAGAUCGCAGACCAGACUGUGAUUGACAUUGGAGGCGGAGGCGGAGCACUGAUAGCCGCACUCCUGAGGAAUCAUGACACGAUGCGCGGUGGCGUCUUUGACCUCAUCAAGGUGAUUGAACACAUCCGGCCAUUCUUCAAUCCAGGGGGCAUGUAUGAGGAUGUCUGCAAUCGCGUCCCAUCCGAGAACCUGAUUGCUGGCAAUUUUCUUGAGGAAGUGCCCGCAUAUCACGUCUACACGAUGAAGUGGUGUCUUCAUGACUGGAACGAUGCGGACGCCAUCAAAGUACUGUGUAAUAUUCGCCGAGCAAUUCUCGGAGGGGAAAAGUCGCGCCUGAUUGUUCUCGAGUCUGUGAGAGCAGACGGAGCGAUGGGGAGGCUAUCGCGAUACGGAGACAUCAACAUGAUGAUGACAGCCAAGGGUCAAGAGCGCAGCGAGAAGGAGUGGCGAUUUUUAGCGGAAAGUUCUGGCUGGGCCGUCUCCCAGAUCUACCCAUUGAGAAAUGCAUGGGUGAGCGCCAUCGAAUUUCGCCCGAGCCAUUAG